AUGUUUGGAAUCAUCGCAGACUUGAUGUCCUCGGUGAUCACGAUCCUCUUCCCCGUAUUUGCCUCUUAUAAAGCUUUGCGCUCCUCUGAUCCGUCACAGCUGGCGCCAUGGUUGAUGUACUGGGUGGUCCUCUCGGGCAUUUUGCUGGCUGAAUCAUGGACGAUUUUCAUCCUGGGCUGGGUCCCUUUCUACAGCUGGUUUCGGCUGUUUUUCUUUUCCUAUCUGGUGCUUCCUCAGACGCAGGGCGCAAAAGUCCUGUACCAGGCCUAUGUGGACCCCUUCCUGGAACACCACGAACGGGAGAUUGAAGUGUUUAUUGGCCGCUUCCAUGAACAGGCCAAAGCUCUUGGGCUUCAAUACUUCUAUCAGGCCAUCGAUUACAUCCGGGAGAAGGUUCUGGGAUUGCCGGCUCAACACCCUGCCCCUCCGCCUCCGCCAACCGGCCCCGCUGGAUAUGCGCAGUCGCUCCUCUCUCGAUUCAACAUCCCUAUCGCUGCUGGCGGAGCGCAACAAGCUCCUGCCAAUGAUUGGUACUCUGCGAUCAGCUCUGCCGUGGCAUCGAUGACUUCCGCGGGUAAAAGCCAUGAAGCGCGGGCUGAAGAGCUGUCUGCCAGCGGGAACCUCUUGCCGCGAGAACUCGCUGGAAUGUCCCGUGCGGAAAAGGCUAGCUUCAUUUCCAAGCAGCGCGACCUGAUUGAGGUGUUGCGCGCCGCAUUGGCCAAGGAAGAGAGUAAUCUUGAUAGCGGCGAUGUGGACGACGACCUUGCAUAUGGCUCGUCUCUGAGAAAGAAUCGCAGUGACAAUUCGUUUGAUCAUAUCAACCCAGAAGAUAUUCGUGAUCGAUCUCCGGCGAGACCGGAAAGAUCGUCCGGGGGCAAAUGGACGUCGGGAUGGUUUGGCAGCGGAGAGCAGGCUGCUUCCUCUGGCGUGGAGGCUAUUGCACACGCGACUGAAGACGUUGCGCGGUCAAGGAUCAACCAGGACACCCAGGCGAUAAAGCAUGAGACUUGGAUUCUUCGAACUCCUCCUCUUCUAGAACUCGUGUGUCAUCAACAUCCGCAAAGGACAGGACUGAUGUACUGCAAAGCGCUUGAAAGGCUGCACCAGGUCGCAGCACAUCUCGCUCCCAGCAUCGACACCGUUUCCAACAAAACGGGGAUCCUCGUUGAGCUUGCGAAGCAAAACAUCGCGCUACCAACUGCUCAUGAACUUCAUGACCUUCCCAGGAAGAUGACAACCUACAUCGCGAACAAUCGUCUCCAAGUCGUUUCGAGCUGCGUCCUCGCAUUCCCUCAGGCAGUUAUCUCACCAGUUCUGUAUCUCGCAGGAUUUGGGCCUAUGGGUCCUUUCGCUCGUAUGUACUCCUCGUCCCUGUCCUUUGGUCGGCUGCUGAUGGUAGUCUUUUUGCUAGAUUCCUUCGCGGCGUGGUAUCAGGCGUCCUUUGGCAACCCGGUGGCAGGAGGGUUCUUUGCACACUUUCAGAGCGCGGCGAUGGGUGGCUAUGGGAUGGGUGUUUUGAAGACGGCUCUUCGGGGGUAA